UCAUUAUAUUUGAGAACCACACCAACUUGGUAAGAUUCUAGAUUCAAAAAAAAAUCUAGGAUAAUAUCCAUCCCAUUGCAACGACCUCUAACCCUACUUGGUACGUGCACAAAAAAACAAACAAUCCAUCCAUCAGCCACGAGAGAUGGGUACGAUGGUGGUGCCGGUGGCUUACCAAGGGAACACGUCGGCGGCGGUGCCGGACUGGUUGAACAAAGGUGACAACGCAUGGCAAAUGAUAUCCGCAACGCUGGUUGGUCUCCAAAGCGUUCCGGGGCUGGUCAUUCUGUACGGCAGCAUAGUGAAGAAGAAAUGGGCAGUGAAUUCGGCUUUCAUGGCACUCUACGCCUUCGCGGCCGUGAUCAUAUGCUGGGUCAUCUGGGCCUACAAGAUGUCUUUUGGGGACAAGCUCCUUCCCUGCUGGGGUAAGGCAGGACCGGCUUUGGGUCAGAAGUUCCUUAUCAAGCAGGCGGUGCUGCCGGAGACCACGCAGUACCAUUCCGAUGGGUCGCUGGAAACCGCCAUGGCCACUCCCUUCUAUCCCAUGGCGUCCAUGGUGUGGUUUCAGUGCGUGUUCGCUGCCAUCACCGUCAUACUGUUGGGUGGUUCAGUGCUUGGGAGGAUGAACAUAAAGGCUUGGAUGAUGUUUGUGCCUCUCUGGCUUACUUUCUCCUACACUGUGGGGGCUUUUAGCCUUUGGGGUGGUGGCUUCUUGUUUCACUGGGGUGUCAUAGACUACUCCGGUGGUUACGUCAUUCAUCUUUCUUCCGGGAUAGCCGGAUUCACCGCUGCAUACUGGGUGGGUCCGAGAUCGACGAAUGACAGAGAGAGGUUUCCUCCGAACAACGUGCUGCUGAUGCUGGCUGGAGCGGGGUUGUUGUGGAUGGGAUGGGCGGGUUUCAACGGUGGAGAUCCAUACAGUGCCAACAUAGACUCCUCCAUGGCGGUCCUCAACACAAAUAUAUGCGCUGCCACAAGCCUGUUGAUGUGGACGUGGCUUGAUGUCAUCUUCUUCGGCAAGCCUUCCGUCAUCGGAGCCGUUCAGGGCAUGAUCACCGGCCUUGUUUGCAUCACCCCUGGUGCAGGUCUUGUUCAAGGAUGGGCGGCAAUAGUGAUGGGGAUUCUGUCAGGAAGUGUUCCAUGGUUCACUAUGAUGAUCAUUCACAAGAGAUGGAGUUUGCUCCAGAAGAUUGAUGACACACUGGGUGUGUGUCACACCCAUGCCGUGGCUGGUUAUCUUGGUGGCAUUCUAACGGGACUGUUUGCCGAGCCCACAUUGUGUGCUCUCUUCUUGCCGGUUUCCAAUUCCAGGGGCGGAGUUUAUGGAGGUUCCGGUGGCAUUCAAUUCCUCAAACAGAUUGUUGGCGGCGGUUUUAUCAUCGGAUGGAACCUUGUGGUUACAUCAAUCAUUUGCUUUGUUAUAAGUCUGGUGAUGCCUUUGAGAAUGUCUGAAGAGCAGUUGAAGAUUGGGGAUGACGCCGUGCAUGGUGAAGAGGCAUAUGCACUAUGGGGUGAUGGGGAGAAGUACGAUUCAACCAAGCAUGGACUCUAUUCCGAUGACACAAUGCACCACAAGUCAUCUGGUACUACUCAAGUGGUCUAGAUUGAAGGGGAAGGGAAAAACACAUUGAUCAAGAAAGUUUCUUGUUCAUAUGUAAGCAAUUAGCAAUAGACAAGUUCACUGCACAUACAACUGAAUUUAUGCAUAUGGCUUUGCUAAUUCUCUCGGUUUGUUUUUUUUAAUUACCCAAAAAAAAAAAAAAAAAUCAAUUUCUCUUGUUUUAGAGACCUCUGUGAAUUUCAUGAAUUCAAGAUGUUAGUUUGU